AUGAGUACUACUAGUAGCGCAUGUAAUAAGGAGCAAGCUGGAGAAGGACAGCGAUCCUUCAUCUUGUCCCUGCUGAACGACGCCAUGGCCCACAGCGACACAUCCAGUGCCACCCCUCUUAGCUUUGAAUCGAACAUCACUCUGGUCUCUGACACGAUUUCUCAUCUUCCUUGCCGCUACUCCAAAACGUGGCGCAAGAGCCAUGGUUGGUCUGAUUUGCCAUCUGGCAGUGGUCACUCUGAUUCGCGAUGGAAGAGCGCCGAGUUUGCGCAUCAUGCUUGUCCACAACAACAACAAGCCACUACGGCGGCCAAACCAGCAGCCGUGUGCCCCGUUCCACCAUCACCACCCAAACGUCAGAGCAGUUGUGGCAGUACCGACAUGGCACAGAUCUUGCAAGUCCGACGUCAAUCGUCCAACUCAUCGUUGGGAUCGUCUGCUUCUGCCAAGAAGAAAAAGGCAUUCCAGUAUCCACCCACACUGGGACAAUUACCCGAAGAGGAACCUCGAUCCAACUUUGCCACUACGCCCAUGGCCAUGCCACAACGACAAGACUCCAACAAGAGCUUUGGAUCAUCACAACAAGCACCAUCGCAACCACAACCACGAAACUCCAAUCUCAGUAAUAACAUACCAAUGAGUCUCUUUGCCGCUCCCAGCAUGCCGCAACGACAAGAAAGCUGCAGCACAUUGGGCAGUCGACAGUCCAGUUUCAGCACUCUGAGCACGCAAGAUUCCUUUCGAUCACUCAACAGUGGUGGUCUCCAAUCCGUCAAGGAAGAUUCCGCUGUAGUAACCAAGGAGUUUCACAUUGCCCCCCAAGACCUUCCCUUUGGUGGAACACCGGUGCCACCCCCACCGCUCGAUCUGCUGUCCAGUCCAGGAUCUCUGUCGUCUUCGACCGAUGCGUCCAGCUUUCACAGCAGUUCCACCACCACCGCCAGUUCUUCCAAGAAGAAGUUUGACAUGGUAUACGUACCACCCACCGAUCCAUCUCGGUUGCAACAGAACCGACGUCGCCGGAGUAACCCACAGCCGCAACCCUUUCCCGUGUGCUCGUCUUCGUCCGUCGCCGUGCAAUAA